AGUCCACGCGGAAGUUUUGUUCACAACUCUAGCAGGAAGCGUACCACAGACCAUUAAUACAGGAAUAUACCGAUACUCUGUUCAUAUCGAUUAUCACACGGAAUAUCGGACACUCACUAACCAGGCAACUCCAGAAUAAAGCAGCGUUAUUACCGACCCAGCAUUUACUUAUUAAAUCUCACUGACUGCACAUGACACACCAGGAUGCCACCCCUGGAAGGCCUGGCUGGCCACCUCCUCCAACCCAUACCCAAAGCUGUGGUUCCUGGGAGAUGAAGGAACGAUUGGGUACAGGAGGAUUUGGAUAUGUCUUGCGCUGGUUGAACAAGGAAACGAGUGAACAAGUAGCUAUCAAGCAGUGCCGGCAGGAACUGAGCCCCAAAAACCGUGAAAGAUGGUCUCUUGAAAUUCAGAUCAUGAAAAAGUUGAAGCAUAAGAAUGUGGUCUCAGCCCGUGAGGUUCCUGAAGGAUUGCAGAAACUGGCUCCUAAUGAUCUUCCACUGCUCGCUAUGGAGUAUUGUGAGGGGGGUGACCUGCGCAAAUACCUGAAUCAAUAUGAAAAUUGCUGUGGGCUAAAAGAGUCAGCGAUAUCAGCUCUACUGUCUGACAUUUCUUCAGCUCUACGAUAUCUCCACGAAAACAGAAUAAUCCACAGAGAUCUGAAACCAGAAAACAUUGUCCUACAGCCAGUGGAAAAUAGGCUAAUACAUAAAAUUAUUGACCUGGGAUAUGCGAAGGAACUUGAUCAGGGUAGUCUAUGCACCUCUUUUGUGGGCACGUUGCAGUAUCUGGCCCCAGAAUUGCUGGAACAGCAGAAGUACACUGUGACCGUGGAUUAUUGGAGUUUUGGGACCCUAGUCUUUGAAUGUAUAACAGGAUUCAGACCAUUCCUUCCAAACUGGCAGCCAGUACAAUGGCAUUCAAAAGUGCAUGAGAAGAGCAAUGAACAUAUUGUGGUAUAUGAAGAUCUUUCAGGAGUGGUCAAGUUCUCCAACGUUCUACCAACACCCAAUCACCUCAAUGGGAUCCUGGCAUCUAAGUUAGAACGUUGGCUUCAGUGCAUGUUAAUGCGGCACCCCAGACAGAGAGGUACAGAUCCCCAGAAUCCAGAUGUGGGUUGUUUCAAGGCACUAGAGGCGAUCCUUAACCUCAAGUUGUUGUCUGUGUUAAACAUGGUCUCUGGCCGUGCCCAUACAUAUCCUGUGACAGAGGAGGAAACACUGCAGUCUCUAAAGCGGCGUUUGGAAGAAGACACUGGAAUACCUGAGGAGGAGCAGGAGCUGCUGCAGGCUUCUGGCCUGGCCUGCAACCCUCUCCAACCACUGGUGCAAUAUGUAUCAGACAACACGAGCAGUGAUUGUCGCCAAGGUGAAGGAUAUCUGAUAUUUCUAUUUGAUAACCGAAAAAUGGUGUACGAACCAAAGAUCUCAUUGCGUCCGCACCCAGAGAGUGUCACCUAUGUGUUGCAAGACCCCAAACAUCAACUCAACUAUGUCCAACUGCGGAGAGUAUGGGGCCAAAUUUGGCAGACAAUCCGUGCCUUGAAGGAAGACUGCGCGCGGCUGCAGAUGGGUCAACGUGCCACUUUAGUGAAUCUUUUGCGAUACAAUACAGAACUCUCUAAAAAGAAGAACCUAAUGACUUCAGAGUGUGAGCAGCUCAAAGCCAAACUCGACUUUUUUAGGAGCAGCAUCCAAAUUGACCUGGAAAAAUACAAAGAACAAAUGGAGUUUGGAAUAACAUCAGAAAAGCUGCUUUCAACUUGGAAAACAAUGGAAAGCACAGUAGAGAAGUGUGGCCGGGAGCAGGAAGUGCAGCAACUUGUGGAGAAAAUGAUGGCUUUGCAGACAGACAGUGUUGAUUUGCAAAGAAAUCCACUUGGCAGGAAGCACUGCGGCACACUUGAUGACAUAGAGGAACAGGCAAAAGAACUGUAUCGAAAGUUGCGGGAGCGGCAAAGAGAUCAGAGAACUUCAGGGGACAGCCAGGAAAUGGUAGGCCUCCUUCUCCAGGCAAUCCAAACUUUUGAGAAGAGAGUUGUCCUGAUAUAUGACCAGCUCAGCAAGACAGUUAUGUGUAAGAGGAAAGCCUUGGAACUCUCCCCAAAAGUGAAGGAAGUGAUGGACCUAAUGAAACAAGAUGAUCAAUUGGUUGUAAAAAGACAGGAAAAGAGACAGCAGGAACUAUGGAACCUUCUGAAGAUUGCUUGUAGCAAAGUGCGUGGUCCAGUGACUGGCAGCCCUGAUAGUAUGGGGACAUCACGGAUGGCGCAACCCACUCAGCUGUUCUCUCAGCCUCCGGUCUUGCCUGCUAGCUAUGCACAAGAGUAUGUUAACAAGAGUGAGGACCUUCUGUCUGAAUCACAAAGUCUUUGUGGGCAACUGGAGACGUCAAUGAGAAACUUCCUGAAAGAACAAGAAACCAGCCUUACGACCUUAGAUUGGUCUUGGCUUUCAAAACAGGAGGAGAAAUUUGGAGAAUGUCAAAUCCCAGCCACGUGAGCCUGAAUAAUCCAGCAAUAUCUAGUCAAGUAAAUAAAUAAAGAACCUGUUCUUUGGUUCCGCUUGCAUAUCUCGUAUAUUGUCAAGACUGUUUAGUGAUAAAAUCCUGUCUACCAUAUGUAAUGGUACAUGUAAAAAUUAUAUUUCUAAGGUUCCACUCCUGAAUAUAGUGGUGGUCAUAUUGAAUAGCUUGACAAAAAGGAUCUUCUAUUAUUCCUGCUUUUGGACAUUUUCAGAAAAAAUCCAGGGUUUCUAGUAUAAUGUUGGAAAAAUAGAGAGAUGCAAUUUUAUUUUAUUUUUUUUUGUAUCUGAAUUGAGCAAUAUGUUCUUAUGUUAAA